AGUAUACAUAUAUAAGUGUAUACAACACGUAUGUAUACAUGUAUACGUAUACAUAUAUAUUUAUUCAGAGGCUACCUCGUCGGAGUGCUGGACAGGUGACGCAAUAAGGGAAGAAAAUUCCAAGAUCGUUGCUCAAUCGCCGGCAAGCAGUCCCAAAAGACCGAUGAAUCUCGGUGAAUUUUGAGUUUGCGCUUUUCUAACCGAUGAAACAGCUCGGACGGAGUGUGUGUGCGUGGACCGAGAUAGAGAGAGAGAAUGAUUACGGACAGGAAGGAACGUUAAGGAGUAAAAGAGAGUUUUAGAAGCGUGCAAAAGUUCGGGAACGGGAGCGUGAUCGGCGUCAGAACACACGGUGCACGUCAUACGGAAAAGAAGUGCAAUCGAGCGAGGUCGUGUGGCGGUGAUUAUAUACCGAGCGCAACGCCGUCGCCGUCGCCGUCGCCGUCGCUGCCGCCGCCGCCAGGCUCCCAUCGCUCGAAAAAUUCAUGACAGCACAGCGUACGUGUUACGUGCGCCUACACCAAUGGAUCCGUAGAGAGACAACCGUGAGAUUCCCCGUGCACGCGGACACGAGCGGCGUCGCGAGCGUCGGUGCGUGCGUUUGCGCCUCCAGUACGAGCGAACACGAGGGCCUGAACGGGAAGCGAUCCGAUCCACGGGAUGGACAAAUUGGUUCGUGCAGGAGGAGAUGGAUCGUAUCAUCUCAAGGUUCUGGUCCCCAGUGUGGCCGCAGGAGCUAUUAUCGGCAAGGGUGGAGACACAAUCGCCCAAUUACAGAAAGAUACGGAAGCAAGAGUCAAAAUGUCCAAGUCGCACGACUUCUACCCAGGAACCACGGAAAGGGUAUGCCUGAUAACAGGCAGUUUGGAAGCUAUAAUGGCAGUUAUGGACUUCAUUAUGGAUAAAAUUCGUGAGAAACCGGACCUCACGUUGAAAACCACAGUUGACUUUGAAUCUGGAAAAACCACGGCAGAGAGAGACAAGCAGGUGAAAAUUCUAGUGCCUAACAGCACCGCUGGCAUGAUAAUAGGUAAAGCUGGAAAUUACAUAAAGCAAAUCAAAGAGGAAUCUGGUUCUUACGUUCAAAUCAGUCAAAAGGCGAAAGAUGUAUCAUUACAAGAGAGGUGUAUAACAGUGAUUGGAGAGAAAGAGAACAAUCGUAGCGCAUUAAUGAUGAUAUUAGCAAAAGUGGCUGGCGAUCCACUGAGUGGUACAUGCCCCAACGUUAGUUACGCUGACGUAAGUGGCCCCGUAGCUAAUUACAAUCCCACAGGCAGUCCCUAUGCUCAAGCUCCGACAACCACUCCCACGUACACAUCUACGGCCGGCAUUAACACAGUGAGCCUUUUGAACGGUGCUGGUCUGAAUUUGAACUUGGACUUGGAGGCUGCGAUAACAGCGGGCACAGCACCAGUCAGAACGCAGCUGUUGGAACACAUAAAGUUAAAUUUACGGACUAUGGGUUUUGUGGAACCUGCCGCCACGGAGAUUCUGUCCGCCUUCGCGACCCUCGCCAAGUACAACAUCCUCGGGAUGACCAUCGGGAUGCCCUCCAGCAUGAGCUACCUCGGGAACCCGAUGGACAGCACCACAACAGCGAACGGUUCGAACAAUAACGGCGGCGUGUUCGGGCCGAUCGGAACGGUUCCCGCUCUCGGAUCCACAUCGCCCACACCACGCAAUACAUUAGACAGAUACGAGCCGUUCGAUCCGUUCAGACAAAACAACACAGCCGCCAGUGCUAUCCAUCUAAACAACAAUUCGUUCGGCCUGGGCACUAACCAGUUAUCACUUGUAAGUAAGAGUCCUACACAGGUAGACGCCAACAGCAAGGAGACCAAGAAAGUAGACAUGGAAAUUGCAGAGGUUAUAGUGGGAGCUAUUCUGGGACCCGGUGGUCGUGCCCUCAUUGAGAUUCAGCACCUAAGUGGCGCCAACAUACAAAUCUCUAAGAAGGGCAUGUUCGCUCCUGGUACCAGGAAUCGCAUAGUGACUAUCACGGGUUAUCCUAAUGCGAUCGACACUGCUCAAUAUUUGAUUGAGCAGAGGAUCAGCGAAGAGGAGGCGAAACGUGCACGUCAGAAUGCCCUCGCCAGUAUGAUCCAUUGAUUUCAAGUACAGCACUUCUGUUCAUCCCAUUAUUGAGCUCCGUUAUUCACCUCUUCGCAUCGCGAGAUGAUGCUGCGGUAGCUCUCUUUUCUCCCUUCUUUUGAAACACACUCGCCCGAAACCACCACCAAAACCACCUACCACCCGUUGUCAUCUAUCGCUACAUCACUAUAGCGCUUGCAUUCUCACAUCACCGUUCAUGCAUCCAUCAUGGCUCGUCAAAACAUUUAUCUAUCUUUUAAGAUUAUUACGGUAUAUGAAUAUUAUAUGUUAUAUAUAUAUAUGUAUGUAUAUUUCUAUAUAUAUAUAUAUAUAUAUUUCUAUAUAUAUGUAUAUAUAUAUAUAUGUAUAUAUAUGUAUAUAUGGUAACUACUACAAUUGUUCUGUGAUACACCACGUUACGGGGCUUUAUCACGAAUAACACAAACACGUACCACAUCAGAGUCACAUAAUAUAUCUAGUUGUAUGGUAGAGCAUAUUGAAGAAGAGAUGGCAUGAGAAAAAAAAGAAGAAAUCUAUUGUUACAUUAGAAACGACAAUGGCCACGAUCCCAGCCAUAAUAUAUAUAUAUAUAUAUUAUUCUUGGCAGAUAGAGUCGGAGAUGUUUAGACAUGGGGAUAAUAAUUGUUUCGUUUGUGGAGAAAAAGAUAUCUAUACGUAUGUACACAAAUACGUAUAUAUGUAUAUUUUCUUUACCACGCAAUAGAAGCAUAAUCUAUAACUCGAGACACACUCUUAGUUGUUUACAAGGUCAUACAGAACUCAUAAUUUGAAUGACUUCAAAUCCGAGGAAUCUAUAAAUAGCAUCCCGUGUAUAUUGUCUACUACUUAACAUUCGUCUUUUUUUCUUUUUUUUUUUAUACAAAACGAUAAAGGAAAAAUCUGGUUUUCACGACGUUAAUUGUAUUGAACUGUUCCUUGAACUAUGAAAUGAUUAGGCUGUUUCUCGAAGCGACCUUUCCUCGAAGAACGCUUCUUAACGUUACAGAGAGAAAAAGAGAGAGAGAGAGAGAGAGAGAGAGAGAGAGAGAGAGAGAGAGAGUAUAACCACCUUGGCAAAACCAAAGAUCUUACAUUUAACGAACCAGAAGAAAAUAACUUGGCUGGAAAGAUGGAUAUAUACAUAUAUAAAGGGAGAUCUAUUCUACGUAUAUAAACAUAUAUUUAUAUAUUUACAAUGCUGGCUGGUCCAGCGAGAUGUGGGUAACAUACAUAAUACCUUAUAUUGCCAAGUUUUAUUCUCGAUCCCAAAGCCUUUAUUUCUCAAAAGUAUCUUCUUCAUCCCAUCUAUAUCUUAAAUAGCGUUUAGAUUAAAUACCUACACAGACAAUGUAUUAGCGUCGAGUCUCGUUCUUUCUUACCUUAGGGACAAAGGAAGUGUUAUCAUUCUGUUUUAGGAUGCUAGGUGGUGGAAGUUGACACCGUAAUUUAUCGUUUUGAAAGAAAGUGAGAGCGAGAGAGAGAGAGAGAGAGAAAGGUUCUCGAGCGAAUAGUGUUUUCCAUAUAUACAAACAGAAGUCAUCACACGACACUGUAUAGAUUAUAUUAUAUACUUCGUACACGAAAAGCAUCAUUUUGUCUAAUUAUUUUUAGUUCCAAGGUAUAUCAGUUGAAUACAAUUCGAGCUUCGAUUCACACACAUGAGAGAGAGAGAGAGAGAGA